AUGAAAUGCGCCAACGAGACGGUGACAAUUGAGUUGAAGAAUGGCACCAUUGUCCACGGCACCAUCUCCUCCGUCUCUCCCCAGAUGAACACGGCUCUCCGCAACGUCAAGAUGACCAUUAAGGGCCAGGACCCCGUCUCCCUCGACACCAUGAACAUCCGAGGCUCCACCAUCCGAUACUUUAUCCUCCCCGACUCGUUACCCCUCGACACCCUCCUCAUCGACGAUGCGCCCAAGCCCAAGAACAAGGCCCGCAAGGAGGCCGAGCGGGGCGGUGGCCGAGGGCGCGGCAGGGGUGGUGGUAGGGGACGUGGUCGCGGCCGCGGACGGGGAGGACGACCUUAG